CCUAGCUCUCUAACUCUCUCUCUAGAAAUCACACCACAAGAGAGCUAAAAACGCAGAGUUCAGAAGUUUUGUCACGUAACAAAAGAUUUUCUUUUCUUUUGGAAUGACGAAGAUAUACCCGAGUUUUGCCUCCGCCAAUGCCGCCUCCGCCGCCGCGGAGAAGCUCAAGUCUUCGGGCGGCUCCGAAUUAGGCGAUUCCGCCGUCGUCUUAACGGUAUGGACAAAGUCGCUGCUCUUCAACUGCAAUGGCUUCACCGUCUACGACGGCAAGGGUAAUUUGGUCUUUCGCGUCGAUAAUUACCUUGCCGGGAAUAAAGGCGAGAUCGUCCUUAUGGACGCCUCCGGCAAGCCUCUCCUCACCAUCCGCCGCAAGAGGUUGAGUCUGGGAGACAAUUGGCUCGUUUUCGACGGGGAAACGGCGUCGAAUCCCCGAUUCAGCGUGAGGAAGCACGUGAACCUCCUCAACGCGCGGUGCCUCGCUCACGUGAGCUCCGGCGGCGGCAGCGGCAGUGGUGGAUCGCUGCGAUCGAGCAAGAACUCGUCGGUAUUGUACGAGAUAGAGGGGUCGUAUUCGCAGCGGAGCUGCGCGGUGUACGACCAGAAGAGGCGGAGGGUGGUGGAGAUCAGGCGGAAGGAGGCAGCGGUUUGCGGCGUGGCGUUGGGAGGCGACGUCUUCCGGCUGCUCGUCGAGCCGCAGUUCGACACGGCCGUGGCGAUGGCACUCGUCAUAAUUCUUGACCAGAUGUUCGGAUCGUCCUCUAGACGUUAAUUAGUAUAAAUUAAUUACCACAGAAAUUAAUUAGUUUCGUAUAGAUAUGAACACAAGACCAUGAUCAAAAUCAACCAAUGGUGGAUAUCCUCUACCGAUUUGUGAUCGAUCUACUUUUUUGCCUUCAUGAUUGUACACCGCGUGGGGGCCGACAUUGGGGAACUGGGGAGCACAAAAACGACACUAAGGGCUUGGUCUUUUCCCUUUGUUUUUUAAUUAUGAAAAGACCAAGCGCAGUGAGUGGAGUUGUAUAUACCAAAAUAUUGGAGAAAUAAAUAAGGUUUCUUCUCUA